AUGGCUUCGGAAGAUUGGCAAAAUCAGCCGAUUUUAGUCAAGCAGUACUUCAACACUCUUGCUAAAUUGGCUCUGCGGCGGCAUAAAGAAACUUAUUCUGACUACGUAUACAGGCCAAGGCCAAAACAACAUAAAAAAAAGAAUUGGCCAUUUAUAGAGGUGAAUAAAAAUAGAUUUACUGAACAAGAAAGGGCCGAUAGACAAUUGAAUGGCUCCGCUCAAAUAGAUAAACAGCUCCAAGUUUUAGACGACCAUGUUCCAUCAAGUGACCGUGUUCAACAAACCGACGAAUAUGCUUUACUAAAUGGCUAUGUUGAGCAGAUUAAAUAUGGAAAUUUUCAACUACAUGCUGGUGAUUUUGUUCAACUGAACGGUAACAAAUCAGAUGACUAUUACUAUAGUCAACCGAACGAAAAUAAUCAACUGAAUGGAUAUAAUAAUAAUCACGCUGAAGUAUCGGCUUUAUCGGUUGACGGUCAAAGAUGCGAAUACACUCUAUCAAACGAGCAUUAUGAGCCAGUUUCAUCUAUUGAUAAGCAACAGCACGUCUCACUGGAUGAGAUCAGUGUGGCCAUUAAUGGAUUUGACAUAACGGAUAACGGAUACUAUGUUUAUCCCAAUGACGGAAUCAACAACAUUUUUACAAGCAGUACCGUAACUAACAAUAUGUAUAGUUCUGGUCGUUCUCUGUGCAGUAAUAGUGAUACGUUAACCGCCCGCUUUGGUCAACAUUUUUCAAAAGAAAGUGGCGCAAAUUUUCUUGAAGAGCCAUUUCAUACGAGCGAGCAGUCAGUCAGCUUGCUAUCAAUUCCGAAUGAAUAA